AUGUCUCCCCUAUCGCCUAUUCUGACGGACUUCUAUAGCCUGAUCGAGAACCACUAUUGGCUGGUGACCCAAGAGCCAAUGCUCUGCUGUACAAUCCUGAUGAUCUCCUCACGAUACCAUAUCCUACCUGGGUUCGGCGGAACAUCACGAGCAAAUCACAUUCACCACCGCCUGUGGCAGCAUUGCCAGCACCUUAUUCUCCGCAUCAUGCUAGGUCAGGAAAAGCUAUCAAAGGCAAAGACAAGACAUAUUGGAUCUAUAGAGGCUCUACUACUAAUAUCAGAAUGGUACCCGCGAGCUCUCAACUUCCCCCCGGAAAACGAUGGGUGGGACUCGGAUUUGAUUCUCACAGAGCCGGACCAAAGAGAUCCGCCACCAGUAGAGGAUGACAUACCAAUGCCCGAUCGCUGGAAGGAAGAUGUUGUCCAGCCUACGAGACGAUCAGAUCGCAUGUCGUGGAUGUUGGUGAGUACUGCGCUAGCACUGGCACAUGAGCUGGGUGUCUUUAUGGAUGGGCAUGGUGUGAGGAAGGACGAGUUCGGUGUGACAGGUAUGCGGUCGGAUGUGGAGGCCUAUCUGCAACACUUGAAGUGGAGGCGUCGUCGCCUCCCGUCCUUGCUGUACGUGUUUGCAAAUCUACUUGCCUCCAGGUUAGGCUGCACGUCGCUCAUUCCGGAGGUACCUGUAGUUGAGGGCAACAAGGACACACUUGACUUACAAGACACCGACCAGGAAUGGAUGAGAUUCAUCUCUUCGUGGGUUCAGUUGACCCGGUUAGCUAAGGAUAUAACAGACGCACAUUUUCCGCCAAUGGGUAAGACCCAUACCCAGUUGAAACAGUCCAAGUCCUCAGAGGGUUGGGAAACUCUACUAUACCAAUGGCAAGCAAACCGGCCAAUAUUAAACUCCCACCUGAACUCUAUCCUUCACAUCGAAUAUCACUACCUUAAAGUGUUCACCAACUCCAUCGAAGUCCAAUCCCUAGUGGAAACUAUUCUAAGCUCGCCCACCACUAAGUCCGCCCCCGCAGGCCGUGCCUGUAUCGACAUAAUAAUCAGCAGCUCUUCAGAAAUUCUCCAAUGGGUCCUUGACCAGUCCAAUAUCCAAUACCUCCCUAUCCGUGUCUUCCUACACGUGCUAAGCUCCUCGAUAUUCUUAAUGAAAGCCCUCGCUCUAGGGGCCCGAACCACCCAACUCCAAACAUGCCUAGAUCUCCUCGACAAGACAAUCACUACACUACAAUCGAACUCACUAGACGACAUGCAACUCGUCUCGCGGUAUGCGUCUCUGUUACAGAUCCAUGUUUCGCGCCUCCGACAGACUUUCAUGACGUCUGCUCACGAGAGAGACAAGGAUAUUCCCUCGGAAGAUGAAAAUAACAGUGGCGUUAUAUUGCCUUCGACGCAGACAGGCGCCAUUGACACUUGUAAUGACCCUGUGUUAGGACAGCUAGAUGAUGAAAUAGACGAUUGGCUUUCAUUACCAUUUGACCCGUUGAUGGCACCGUUUGGGACUUCGGAUGACGCUGGCCAAAUGGAUUAUGGCUUGGAUUCAGCAUAUCUCGACCUGGAUUUCAUCUGGAAUUUACCCGCAUGA